AUGUUUAAUGAUUUCCAGUUGGAGCAGCAGUCCUUCAGGGAACUCAAUCGUCAUGAAAAGAGCCUUGGUCUCCUUACCGAAAAGUUUGUUCAGCUAUUGAAGGAGGCCCCCGACGGAAUACUCGACUUAAAAUUGGUAGGUUUCUUGUGAGGACUUACAGCUGGUAGGCUGCGGACUUUUUAGCUGUUAGGCAAAAACGUCGAAUUUAUGAUAUAACGAAUGUUUUGGAAGGCAUCGGACUCAUUGAGAAACGCACCAAAAACAGUAUUCAAUGGAAGUAAGUUUGUUUGCACACCUGUUUGUUUCGCGUGGUUUAUAUUUUUAUGCAUUUCCUUGCAUGGCACGUUUGCGUAAGAUUCUCGGCUACUUUUAGUUUGUUUGAGUUAGAAAACAGCAAAUCUAUGUCAUUGGUGGCUCUUGUAGCCACAGCUUUUUACUCGUGUUAAAUCUCAGCAAAAUUGUUCGAGAUGCCUAAACCGAUUCCCCGUAUAAUACUUCCGCUAGUUUUGUCUCCCUUAAAGUCUAUCUGGUUUCAAUUAAGUGAUUUGAAAUGCUCCGUUCGGAUUUAUUAACAGACCUGACUGGUGACGGUUAUUCAAAUAAGAGUCAUUUGUCCAUCUUGUGUGCGUCUUUACUGCUUUUUGCGCAGGAUUAGUCAAUUUGCAUUUACACCCAAAGUAACCUGUUUUAUUGUCAUGAGGUGACUUAUCCAAAGAAUAUGCAGCAGACAGAUUUCAGACUGGGGCUUUGAGCUACCUUUAUUAUCUGUUGUGAAAACAUCUUAGAUGACUGGUUUUUCUUCUUCCGGCGACAGUCGUUUAUCCGCGACUUCAAGGGACUUCCUUACAGUUUGCUCUCAGCAUCCGAUUUAGCUUGUUCUAAAGUCGAGAUUUAAACGAAUGCUAUUGAAGAUUGAUUAUAAGCUGUGUACAGAACACAGAAUUUCCCAUUAUGCCCGCCAACUCUUCGGGGUCUAUGGUCUACUUCUUGCUAUGGACUUGAAUACGUCUAAUUGCUCCAUGGAUGACGGUGCUUUUCUCAUAAUCAACUGAACGGCGUGAUGACAACUCUUGGUACCAAGAAUGAUGCAUUUCGCCCGACCCAGGUAUAAUCUGACGUGGCGGGACAGAGCCAAGCCGACUAAUGCUUGUUCAUGUCGACAUGCUGAGAUUUUUCUAACUCGGAUGUUGAAAUAGUCUCGGCUCACCAAGCCCGGAUUUGCACAGACAGCUGUGAAACCACUUACGUGGCCCGGUUUUUGAGCACUUGACUGCAACCACUGUGACCGAGGAUUAACCACAUCGUGGUCGGAAAGCCUUAGAUGGAGUUAUGCCAUUCGGUGCACACCUUAGUCAUGGAAAUCCAUCCUUGUACGUUGUGCGGCCGUGGUUAUGCCUGAUCAGGCUGGCCUCAAUGAUAUCGCGGACCAUACACCCACGUUUGACGAUCAGCAGAAACGGAUCUGGUAAGCUUCGCCCACGCCCCUUCAACGACGAUCACCGAAUACUGAAAGUCUAGAAACCACCCUUAUGUUUUGGCAGACUGUACUGAGCCAGUUUUUGGGCUAAACGCCGUUGUUCCCAGGUGAGCUUCGACGCUGAAUCAACAACAGCAACGGUAAGCUCAUGGGACGGACGACGAAAAGACGUGCUAAAACCAUAUCGGUCUCUUUCUCAGAUGGCCUAAGGCAUCUGCGAUGUUGCAGCAAUUGCCGAGUAGUUCACUUGGUAUAGUUCUCAGUCAUCGCCCUCAGACGCGUCUCUCGUCACCAAUGCACACACCCGAACAUCAGAGUCAUACAGGAAGACAAACCGAACUAGUGCCCGGUGCACGCGGAUCGUUGUGCUGAUGGAGAUCACAUCGGGCCAGUAGACACUUCGUGAAGAUCGUGGUGACCCUGCAGUUAGCCCUGAUACGACGGAUAUGUUCCCUACACCUCUCGAGAUAUUUGACAAUUCCCACUACCAGAAGUUAGUGGUCAUCAAACCUGGGGGUGGAGUGCAUGUACUUGGAUGGUAUACCCGCUGAAAUCUACAAGUCAUGUUUCAGCACUGGCGCACUGACUCCAUGGGGUGAUUGAGCAAGCGUAGAGGGACGAGGUUGCUCCUGAUGAUGGGCUCGGACAUCUUUGUACCUAUCCUCAGGAAGGGAGAUAAGACAAGAUGCGAGAACCACCGCGGCAUAAGCCCCGUCGACGUUACCGCGAAUGUCUUCGCUAUUGUCCUCAGGCGAUUCCAGGCUGUGCGUGACUAUAGGACGAGACCCAGCCAAGCUGGAUUCCGUGUUGGAUGUGGAUGCACGAAUCAGGUAUUCACACUGAGACACGUUCUCGAAUUCCGCCAUAGCUACUAGCAACCAGCGCCGUCUGUUUUGUUGACUUUGUCGCCGCGUUCGAUUCCGCCCAUCGUGAGUCCCUGUGGCGGAUAAUGGCACUAGAUGGCGUACCGCCAAAAAUUAUCGCCAUGAUCGAGGUCUAUUACCGCUGCACUUCUGAGCGAGUUCUUGUCAAUAACAAUCUUUCGCAACCGUUCGGCAUUUGAUCUGGCGUUCGACGGGGUUGGAUCGUGUUGCCCAUUUUGUCCAACUACGCUAUGGAUCGGAUUCUCGGGAGGGCUUCACACGAAGGUGACGGUGAUGGGUUCCCAUUCGGACACCGACUGACUGAUCCUGAACUUGUCGGUGAUAUAGCCUUACGAGCUUCAAGUUUGGUAAUCUUCAGUCUAUGGUGUCACGGGUGAACAAGAAAGGGGAAACGGUCAGUUUAUCCAUAAACACUAGGAAGACCAAAGUGUUUUCAAGCUGCAUCUCUGCCCAGGAGAAGGCACCUCUCGGGAUUGGUGGCUGUCAACUUGAAUAAGUAGACGGUUGUAAUUGCCUCGGCGCGAGGCUGCUGCCUAAUGGGCGAAGUAAGGACGAAAUUGUCUCCCGAAUUGAUGCUGCCCAACUGGCUUUCUCAGGCCGUAAAAAAUGCGUAUAGAUUCGAAGCGACGUCUCCAUCGCCACCAAGAUUCGCGUGUGUCGUGCAUCAGUCCGAUCGGUCCUUCUCAAUGGCUGUGAAUGCUGGUUUUUGCGUGUGGGGGACGAGCGAAAAUUGAAAGCAUUUGACCGCCACUGUUUAGGGACUAUCGUUCGAGCGAAGUACAACGACUUCUCAAAUGAGACCGUCUGCACUCGCUGCGACAACAUCGCAAGGAUAACUCCGACCAUCCAAGAAAGACGGCUAAGAUGGUUUGGGCACGUUCUGCGUUGUCAACCUCGGAAGCUCAGUGUUACUGCCCUCGAUCGGGCACCGUUACUUCAUUGGGGGCGUCGAAGAGGGGGUCAAUUUAAAACCAGCCUUGACACAUUUCAUCGAGACAUGGAAGUAGUUCUUGGACUUUCGGUAUUCGAUCUCCGUCGUUGGUGAAGAGAAUGGGCCGAAUUGUCCGGAUCUGCUGUCGCGGAUCUUACGUAUGGAGAGGUGCUGUUCGAAAUACCAUCGAGGCCGGCUAGAUCAGACAUGAUCGCAGCCGUACCAAGUACAAGUUGCGCUAGGUUAGGGAUGCAACUCAAGAACACGUCUUGGGCUUCGUACCAUUGGUGGAUAAGUCGAGUUGUCUAACGACCUCAUUCAGCCGUGAUACUAAAUUCUGCAUGUUGUAAUUUGUGAGCGUACUCGUUUUAGAUGACAUGAUUGACUAAGCUACUGCGCUCGGAGAGGAUGACAUCAGAGCUGGUUUUAUGAGAGCCAGCUUGCUAUUUGUCACCUCUGUGCUGUAUUUUUAUGACAUUGCAACUGCAUAAAUGGAGUUCUGACUAUUUUGAAAAAGCCGGACCAUGCACUACAAGACAAGGAUAAUCGUAGAAGUUAUUACGUCAGUCCGAUUUAGAUUACGUGUUCUUACUUUCAUCCUAUUCAUGAUGCACCUCUUCUAACAUGUUCUGUCUCACCUGAAAAUAGGCACCGCGCUGACUCACGUCCUAAGAAAAUAUGCGCGCAAACGUAGUUGUCUAGUACCUCUCUGCAACGGUCCCCGCGGAAGUUGCACUGGGCAGAACGAGGAGAGGGAAAUCAAGGUCACUUUCACACUAGGCUCAGGAUGGGGAAAGAAGGAGUUCGGUAGAUGCGGCGCAAGUCACCGUCCCUGCGCCCACCCACCUUCUGCGCGCACAGUGGACAUCGUCCGAUACGUCCGUCGAACCGUGACAUCAUAUUGAUCUUAUUGUGCUCGCUCAUUAAGAUUGGCGCCAAUCUUGGUGUUAGUUUGUUGGUGCCCGAACUAGAGUUACUGCAGCCCGACUCUCAGGCUGAAGGUUGACUGAAUUAUCCCGCCAGUUGAUAGCCUUUUCAGCCGUGACUUCUGUAGUCUCAGAAGUUUAGAACGCCAUAUAUAUGUUGUAGCGACGAAACUAAGCGCUUGGUCACAGUCCGGCCUACCCCUCUUCCCUUCUUAUGUCCCAUUUGCAUUUCCGAUACCGGCCAACUGGACACUGCCCGCAGUGGCUGCUGCGACACCGAGCCGCCGCUAGCGCUCACCGCGCUUGUAUUAUACGAGUUAUGAUUCGACUGGACAGCGCGGCCCGCCCAACGUCUGAUUAGAAACCUUUGCUUUCGUUUUAGGCUGGCGCAGGAAAUGCUUUGCGUGCAGGCGGCCUUCACAGGGUAGUGAAUGUCUCGAGUUAUUGCAUUUUUUAGGUUGUCGAGUUCGCCGACAAACGGCGGCGACGCUGUUUAAUCCCACAUUUCACGGUGGUUUAGAUAGUCGGAACGCUAACCCUGCCUACCCGCUACUCUUGGAGGCGCCAUAUAACUAAGAUAAAAAGAUUUAACUACGUAAUGGACGCAGUCUUCUCCCCCGCAAAGAGCUAGUGUAGUGCGCCAAACCUUUCGUCACCUGAGGCACCCACGCGGCCACCUAUGGAAAGUCUUCACGCAGAGCUUAAAGCGCAUGCUCUUGGACAUUACUUUCAGCAUAUUGAGAGCUUGUCCCGCCUCGAAAUAAAGCCACCACGACGUUUUCGUCGAUUAAUUAAGGUGGCUGCUGUUUAUAAACUGAUGCGACCAUAUCGUGAACGCAGUCCAUAACCCAUCAGUCUUUUUGGCAGUUACAUUGUUAAUAACCCAGGCUUGGCUUUAACUUGCUAAGCCGUACUCUCCAAACCCUUGCCACGCAGGGCCGCAUCCGCAAGAACUGUUGUAAAUCUAAGAAAACUGUUUCAAACAUAUGCCAAGUCCCUACUUAAAUUUUCUUUCUUGGCAUUCCCGAGAUAAUGGCUGAUCGGGAGAGCCAGCUUGAGUCUUUAAAUAAAAACGGUGGUUGUGUUCACUCAUUCGUCGAGACCUCUAUCAAGCAUCGAAAGAGUGCUAACCGAAAGUUUAGCGACCCCAGCCCUAGCUUCUGAUACGAUUAUAUCCAAACAACUUAGGAGAAUACUUAAAAUCUUGCCUCUCGAGUCCUCAAGGUUCGGUAUAACUAGUAUGGCAUCCAAAAUGACAUUUCGGCGUAGCCGCCGCAGAAGACCUGAGCAUAUCCCGCCCCGACCCACUUUCGGUCCCCACGUGUCUUAUUGCUACUGUUCUCGUCGCCCAUACGUUUAUUGUAAAUCGACUUGACAUCACUUUAUCCAUAUUUUAGAGGCGGAAGUGCAGCUACCAAUGGCCCCGACAUACAGGCCCGGCUGGAUGAAUUACAAGCUGAAGUAGAAUAUCUGGAGAAUCUCGAGAAGAAGGUUGAUGAGCACCGGUCAAAGGUCCUGCAAUCCCUUCAAAACGUCCAGGAGGACUUGGAUAAUCGAAAGUACUCUUAUGUCACUCAUCAGGACCUGAUGAACGUGUUCCAUGACCGGACAUUGCUGGUGAUCCGGGCUCCCGAGGGCACUAACCUCGACACGCCAAUCCCGAACAAUCCCCUGGAGCAACCAGCACACUCACUUUUCGCACUUAAGAGAUCAUAUAAAGUGAGUUCCGCCUGCGUGAAUCGCCCACUCGAAUAAAAUGGUCUCAUAGGCUUCGGGAUGACGUCUCGAGCCUGCUGCAUAUAAUAUUCAGCUACUCUACUACUCGUUUGUUUGCAGAUAUCACUGCUUUUGGGAUACUUUUGUGCGUCAUUCUAGGGUCUGGCGCGAAGCGACACCUCAACCAUACCGCAGGUAGAGACAUCGUAACCACUGCCCUUGAGUAGAUAGAACCUGUUACAAUCCGUAUUUCUAGGGAUUAGCAACCACUUUCCAUGAAGAUUUGGAAACAUAAACCAGUAAGACCCCGUCCGGAAUCGAUUGUGACCUAAGCGUUUCAGCCAGCGCCUGCCAAGAGUUGGAAUUCUGGUGAAUAGCCUGGUCAUAGCUGCUCGUGGAUUAUACCUUGUUUUAUCCUUCACAGAUACAUUUGAAAAGCCCGUCAACAGCUAUAGAAGUUUUGCUUGUCAAUCCUGAUGAUGGUGCGGAGAAGGCUCGCAUUCUCCCUGUCGGUGUCUCUGGGUUCGAUCUCAGUGGCGCACGCCGAACAGGACGGUCAGGUGAGACGAUGACCGAUUGUGCAUCAACCAAACCUUUCAUAAUUGCCUUAUUAUGCGUUAUUUCGUUUGGUAGACGAACAUCCCGGGGCUUUGAACCCUCUGCUUCCCCUAAGUCCGCCGCCAAUUGAUCGGGAUUUCCCGUACAAUCUUGAUGAGACAGAAGGCCUGUGCGACCUCUUUGAUGUACCAACGCCCCAGAGAUGUGCAGAUAAGCCUUCACCAAACUAG